CCCGCUUAUGAUGGACUCCUCUACUUCUGCAAAAAUCAGACCGUCUGUGGCUCGUUUUUGUGUUGAAAUGGAUAUUACACAAGAACUACCGAAGAAGAUUUGGAUUGAUAAUGGAGGCCACGGUUUCUUCCAACUAGUGAGCUAUGAGGACACCCCGAAGUAUUGUAGGGAUUGCCAAAAAUCAGGGCACAUUACCGGAAAAUGCAAUACUACGGAUGAUGUUUUUCUUAAGAAAGAUGCUGCAACCUCAACCAAAGCCAACUACAAGGAUCCGAAACCAAGUAGGGACACAGGUUGCCCCAUUCCGAAGGAAACAAAAGCUACUGUCCAAAAUUCUAAAGCUAAUGAAGAUGUACUUGUGACACCCCUUGAACAACAGGAAAUAGCCAAAGAGGAUAUGGCAAGGUGGGGGUCAGUGGCAGAAGGCACCACACCAACAACUAGAGGCAAUGACACAUCUGUCCAAAGCUCCAAGAACCGAUCUGCCAACAUUAAAAAGAUUCCAAGUCUUGAGGGAUCAAGCUCAAUACAGCCUACUGCUCAGUUAGAGGUGGAAGAGGCUAUAGUUGGGACUCUAAAUAAAGCUGAUGUCGUUGAGAUUGAAAAUGCAGUUACUCUGGUAGCUGAUGCAAUUGAAAUCCAUGAUGGGUGUUCUACUCCCACUCUUGUUUUUGAAGAUGGAAUGACUAAACCCAAUAAGACUCAGGCCGCUAAAAUAUCACCUGACCCUCAGACUGCAAUUGAGGCGAAAGCAACAACCAGACAUACCUACAAGGAAACUAUCAUCGAGGUUGAUGGUCAAUUAUUCAUCAUCGAGGUCAAGGAACAAGAUGACUUCAAAACAACGGAAAAACCUUUGGAGGUCACAAAAGAUGCAACUUCAGCAGGUUCUAAAGAUGAAGAACCCCAAGAGUUUGCUGCAAAUGACACCUUUGACGCAAGCCAGGAUAAUGAGGAGACACGGAACCAAACAGAACUAGAAUUUGAUUGUGAAGAAUAUCAUUUGCAAACCCUCCAAACCAACAACAAAUGGGUUGUUGGAGGGGAUUUCAAUAUCAUUGCUGAAUGGAGUGAACACAAAGGUAAGACUAUGCCUAAUCAAACUGACAUGACGGAGUUCAAGGACUGCAUUGCAACAUGUAAUCUAAACCACCCUCACACACAAGGAUCUAUCUUUACCUGGUCAGGAGGUAGAAGGAAUGGCAUAGUGUUCAGAAGGUUGGACAGAGCAUUAGUCAAUGAAACAGUUUUGCAAUACUUUGAUGAUGUUUGUGUUAAACACCUAAGCAAGUCAACUUCUGACCAUAAGCCUGUACUUCUCACUUGCUUUAAAGAAGAACUUGGGGGGCCAAAACCUUUUAGAUUCAUUGAUGCCUGGGCUCUUCACCCCUCCUUCCUUAAGGUGGUCAAUGAAUACUGGAAAAGCACUCAUCCCUAUGGAGGUAUGGCAGGUCUCAGCUCAAAACUAAGGGGCCUUAAGGGUGUUCUUACAGUUUGGAACAAAAGCACUUUUGGUAACAUCUUUUCCAAUCUUAAGGAGGCAGAAGAACAAGCUAUUUCAGCCCAGGAAGCAUAUGAGCAGGAUCCUAAUCCUAGUAACAGAGAGGCAGAUAACAAAGGCAGGGCUCAUCUCAUUCAAGCUACUAAUAUUGAACUACUAUUCUGGAAACAAAAGGCAAAUCUCAAAUGGAUUUCAGAGGGAGACUGCAACUCUAAGUUCUAUCAUGCUUAUGUUAAAGGCAGAAGGGCUAAAGCUAAAAUAAGAUGCAUUUAUGAUCAGGCAGGUAAAGAGCACCGAGAUAUGGAGAACAUUAGCAGGAGAGCUAUUGAUCACUUCACAAAUGUUUUCAGUAACACUCAAUCCAUUCAAGUCGAGCCUAUGAUGGAUUACCUGGAGGAAGUAAUUACAGCUGAGGACAAUGAGAGAAUUUGUAAAUUACCCUUUGAGGAGGAAAUUAGAGCUGCAGUUUGGUCUCUUGAUCCUGGAAGUGCUCCAGGGCCAGAUGGCUUCAAUGGCACCUUCUACAGAACCUGCUGGAAUAUUAUUAAAACAGAUGUUAUUAGUGCCACACAGGAAUUUUUCACUGGUGUCCCUAUACCCAAGGCAUAUGGAAGCACCUUUAUAACACUUAUUCCCAAGAAUGAAAAACCUAGAGUCUUUGGAGACUUCAGACCAAUUUCCUUGUCCACCUUCAUGAGCAAAAUUAAUACAAGGAUUCUUGCUAAUAGGAUUCAAGCUAUUCUCCCUAAAAUUAUUUCUGCUGAGCAAACUGGUUUCCAAAAGGGCAUGGGGGUAGAGGAACAAAUUCUUUUGGUUGAGGAAAUGGUUCACAAAAUUGACUCCAAGGUCAGAGGAGCAGAGAGGGAGGUUGAAGUGCAGACAGAAACGGAAAUCCCCUACCCGAAGGAGAAUGAGGUUGGAGAGCAGAGGGAUGCUGAAGCUCCCCCAGAAAUGAGGAGAGAGACUGAGACGCAGCAGAAUCAGGAGGAGCAGCGGGAGCCGGAGGAACGACAUCCCGCCACUGCACCUUCGGCCGUCAGUCUCCCCAUCCGGCGCAAGUUCACGCCGCAAACUUAUCCUGUUUUUACAGAGAGUUGGGCAGGCUUCUCCCGUGGUUUGAGGUCCUUACAAGCUUCCCAUUGGACUAUCCAGGCUAACUUGGAGAAGAUGAGGGUAUCUGUGCAGGAGCCUGCAAUUCCCCGGGCUCGCCCCGACUUGCUUGCCCUCAAUGCUCUGCAUCUCAUGGAGCAGGCCCAGCAAUCACUCCUCACUUUGACUGAGGAGUACCUGGGUGGAGCAUCAGGGAACUAUCGAGCUGUAGUGCUCCUGAAGGAGAAGGAGUUAGUUGCCAGGGCUUUGCAACAGAAGGUUGACUCCGUGGAACAACAAGUCCAGGUCCUACAAGAAGAGAAUGCCCGGCUCAAGGCAGAUUGCUCAAUGGAGCUAGCCGAUGAGAAAUCCAAGGUCCAGUCCCUUCAAGAGCAGAUCGCUAUCUACCAAGAAGGAACCCGGGACCUAGAAGCGCAGUUUGACAGGCUCCAGGCACAAAUCUCCAUCCUGGAAUCAAGGGCCUCAGCUUCAGAAGACAAGGUGGGAAAUCUGGAAGCUGGAUUGGUUGAAAAGGAAUCCCGGAUCUCUGAGCUGGAGAAUUCCCUCCAGGAGGCCAAGCACGAGGGUUCCCGCUCUAACGAAUUUGCCCUGAAACAGAUGGAAGCAAGACGGCUUAUCCUCGAGAAGUUGAAGGAAGAGAGAUAGACUGCAAGCGAGCUCCGGUCGAAAAUAGAUGAACGGGAGAAGGCAAUCGCUGCUCAUCAAGAGGAGGUGGAUGUGGAAGAAAAGAGUGAGAUUAAGAGGAGAAAUGGGGGGAUAUUGGUGUUUAAGAGAUAUUACACACUCUUAUCCUAACUUGGGGUUUGAAUCUAGAAUUUAAUUAAGAUAUGACACACUUAAUUAAAUAUCUAGAACCUAAAACUCACACUUAAGAUAACCACUCUUAAGAUAUAGAAUUAGGGAUUUGGCUAAAAUAGCAUCACACUAUUUUAUAAAUACUCAAAGAGUAAAAGGAGUUUUUAAUAAUUCAGAGAUGAUCAUUACAAGGGCCAAAUGGCCGAAAUAUAUAAGGAGGGGAGAGGAGGGAAACACACAAUAUAAUGAAUGCAAAUACAAGGAACCUUCCUACAUCCCUUUAUCAUUCACUAGCUUCCAAUCUUGAGUUGAUAAGGGCUGAUUUUGUUUGACUUUGUCUUGGCUUUGGAGCUGGCUUUGUCUGUCCUGUUGUGGAGGCAAAAAUCACAAAGAAUGAAUGAAAUCCUUUGAUGAUUGUGGUUGAUAUUCUGGCUAAAAAGAGGGGACAAACAAAGAUGGGUGAUGGAUGGUGUAUUGGCCUUAUAUUCUUGGUCAUAUGAGGUGACUGAUUUAGUAGGUGGUGUAUCAACAACAACUCAAAUGUCCCUUGGCUUUUUGUGGUU